GUGAGUUUGCUCUUCACUCGCCGAUUUGCGCUUCACCGCUGGGCACACAGACCUUUCAAUCCUCGUAAAAAGUUAUUCAAGAUGACAAGUGGAAGUUCUAGUGCAUUUCUACGAAGUGCUUUGCAAAAUGGAAUUGGUCGCUAUGUUUGUCAGUUGCAGAGAUUGACCUUGCAGUUCAGUAAGACGGCUGGAAGUGCCAAAGGAGUUAGGGAUUUUGUGGAGCAAGAUAUUGUUGGAUUUGCAGAAAAGAACCCACAAGUUGUAUUGUAUGUCACACCGCACACCAAGUACACUUUUCCAAAAGUAGUAGCCGAGUUCUUAAAUGGCACAAGGAGGAAAGUUGACUUGAGCAACCUCUCCAGAGAAGACAUCAUCAAGGAGGUGGAACUUCUACGAACCCAGUCAGGAGUGGACAUUGAGCGCAUUCGUAAACAGUGGCAUACUGACAGUCCUAGCGUUCAGGGGUACUGGCAUCCCUUCUACAAUAAACCGACCCAGUUGAAUCAGGAAACCUUCCCGACUGCGAAUCCGACACACAGUGAAGUCAGGAUGCCGCGGUUACCUAAACUGACGCAGGAGCUUAUCGGUGAAUUGAAAGAACUCAAGGACAAAGGAAAAUAUGAGAAUUCAUGAGAGGAAAGUUGGUUAGCGACUUCAAACAAGUUGUUGGUGCCAUUUUGACGCUUCAGAUGCACAGAUGACUUGAAGGAUGGUCCAAGAGUGCACACAAUUUUGUUCAACAGACUUGUCCAUUAGCUCUGCCCACUAGUGGUGUGCAUUUACAGGUAGUACCAUAUUGAAGUAAACACUGAAGACGACCAAAAAAAAUAACCUGGGCAAGUUGUCAGGAAAUCUGGUUCUUAACAAAGGUUGACAGUGUGAAUAUUGGCGAUGCCUGAAGGCUUUAUAGCUUUCCAGUUUUAACUCUAACCUUAAGAGGUGUUAUCUGUUACGUGUUAAAAUGCAGAAAAACAUGAAAUUUGUUUUGGUUUUCCAUGUAGCCUGGUACCCUGGUUUUCAUUGUGAAAGAAGGGGACAUCCACUUGAACUGUUAAAGACAAAGAUUUUUUUUUUUUGCUUCUCAAAUCCGCUGGUUCCAGUGUGUAUAACUGCAACAUUUCAUGACGUGGUACUCAUGAUACUCGGCCUUACAAAACGGAACUUGCACUCGUUAAUACCUUUCUUCUGUACCAUAAAAGUCUGGUGUUUAUUAAAUAAAUUCAACCAAAUAGCAAUUUA